AUGACGGAUGACGUUGAUGACAGUCUGUGGAAACUGACGCAGUUCGUGAAGCGCUGGUGGGAAGAUGACUAUGGAAAGGAAUCACAGUCAACCAGCAAUGAAAGAUGGAACGGGCAUGGUCCAGAACACAACAUGGCUUUGCAACAAAUUCUCAAACUUCAAGAAGCGAGGGCGCUCCACAAAACUUCUCUACUUCCUAUUUACAAAAAGAACGGACUUCCAUCACCACCAUCUGCUAACCAGGAAUAUGAACAGGAAAAUAAGAACCAAGACAAAUGUACUGAACAGCAAGUGUUCGAGCAGUUGAAAGUGGAAGAGGAAUUUAGAAAACUGAUGGAGAGAUCGAGUACCGACACUCGUAAUGAAGAGUCCUUAAAAUACUUCGAGCACAUGAUGGAAGCGAGACAGCAUUUUGAAUAUUUAAAACAUAUUCAAGAAAGAAAUAUUAAGAAUACCUAUUCAGAGGAAGACAACUUAGAAGCAAGGAAAGAUGGAAUCACACCCAAUGAUAAUAAACUUUCACCAAUUCACAAACAGUCACCUCCAAGGACAUCGUCUGCGGAAAUCUCACCAAACCACAGUGUCCGGUUAUCUACCUCAUCCAGUCCUCUCUCCACCACUAGUCCAAUAAACUCAUCCCCAUUGAACCACUUGCAAAAUAUGCAACCAUUUGACUUUCGUAAGCAAAAGGUGCCUGAAAAUAACACUAAAGUAGAAUUAUUAAAAAGUAAUUACGAUAUAAAUAGUGCCGAAAAAGCAGCAAUUGAAUUAAUGAGAAGCCAACUCUUCAAUUUUCAAUUGCCUCCUAAUUUGCCUAUUCCGCCUAUGUCUAUGCCAUCCACAUUUUCGCACCCCGCAGCAAUGGUUGCUGCUUUGAGUCAAAAUCCUAUGGGAUUAGCGUCUUUACAAGCGCUUUUGCCUCAAAUGUCGUCAAAAGUUGUCGAAUCUGAAACUAAAAUAAGCAACGGCGUCGGAAAUGGCAGAGUUGAUGACAGAAUGGAUGAAGAAAAUGUUUUAAAUUUAAGCAAAGAUGCUUACGUAGAAGCAACACAUAAGUCUAGAGAUUUAAUGAUAGGUAAAUGCUUAAGCCCACCGAAAAGACAUUGGGGUGCUUCUCAAAUGCCUUUAAACUUAGGUACGCAUUUUAUUAAUCCUGCUACUGGUAAGAAAAGAGUACAAUGCAAUGUGUGCCUCAAAACCUUUUGUGAUAAAGGAGCGCUUAAAAUUCAUUUCUCAGCUGUACAUUUAAGAGAAAUGCAUAAAUGCACUGUCGAAGGUUGCAGUAUGAUGUUCAGCUCAAGGAGAUCAAGAAAUAGGCACAGUGCUAACCCCAAUCCGAAAUUGCAUUCACCACAUUUGCGACGAAAAAUAUCUCCUCACGAUGGUAGAAGCGCUCAAGCUCAUUCUGUUCUCAUAUCACAACAUGGAUCGGGCUUAAAUAUACCGCCUGUAAUCAACCCAAUACAUGCAUUUGGAUCCUACCCAAUUAUAAAUCCAACACAAAGUAUGCGGCCUUUUCCUAAUAAUGUACCUUUAGAUUAUAAAAAUAAUAUUAAUUUCCCACCUCAUUUCGACCAUUCACAUUUGCGCCGAGAGUCUAAUUCGGAAAAUAAUAAAGAACAGGACGUUCAUGGUGAAUCCGAUGAAGAUGACGGUAUUGUUGUCGUAGCAGGAGACGAAGAUGAUGAUGAAAAUUAUCAUAUGGAUAGUGAUUAUUAUUCUAAUUUAAAUAAGUCAAUAGGCUCUUUAGAUGAUUCCGAAAAUGAUUUUGAUCAGAGAAGUGUUAGUGAUAAUAAUGAUAAUAAAGAAAAAGAUGGCGUAAGCAGUCCGGAAGUAAUGAAAAGAAAACGAAAAAGUUUAAACCCUAUUCGUUUGCAUAGUAACCAAAAUAUUGAAAGCCAAGAAAAGAUUGAAGUUAACAGAGAAAAUGGUAUUAAAGAGGAGAAUUUAAUUGAUCCCAAAAGGGUCAAAUGUGAAGGAAAAGACAUCGGUGAUAACUGCACACUUCUAAAUGAAAAAGUAGAGCCAACAACAAUAAAGCAAGAAACCCCUUCAAUUAAGGAAGAACCUCAAGAAAUAGAAUACAAUGCACAAGAUUUACGUAUUAAAGAAGAACCGAAGGAAAAAGAUGAUUCAUAUAAAACUGUAGAAAAGUCACAACUAAAUAACGAACACUUUUCUUCCGAAAACGCUUUGAAAAGAUUGGAGAGUUUAUCGAAAGGAAAUUUUCCAAACGUAGCAAAAAAGAUUGAAAAUCAUAAUCCAUUAGCCCCCUACAAUUUAUCAGUGCAUGAUACUAUGGAAUAUUCGGAUCGAUCUCCCUCUUCAUCAGUAUCAAGUUAUGAUUACGUAACAGAUGAUAGCCAUUGCCAAAUUUACGGUCACUUUGAUAAUGGUUUCUUUGUAGUUACUGCCGACGUUCCAACUGAUCAAGAAAAUCCACUAAAAUGUACAGUUUGUGAUAAACUAUUUCAAAAUAAAUUCAUUUUGAAGACCCAUUACCAAAACUCGCAUUUAAAAUCUUUACACCGAUGUUCAGUGAGCGGUUGCAAUGCUGCUUUCUUUUCGAGAACUAAGAGGAAUAUUCACACUGAAGCUCACGUUAAUUCACGACGUCAGAACGGUAGAAGUGUCCAACUUGUGAAUUCAACGUGA